AUGUCAUCAACAUACCUCAAACCACCACCCUCAGCCUCAACCUCCACCCAACGCCAACGCGUCUCCUCAUCCUCCCAUCAACAACCAGGCCCAGCUCCUCCCCCUCGAGCCCCUGUAUCCGUCCACUCGACAACCACUGUCUCUGAAACAGCAACUUUCCACGGCACAUACCCCAUAACAAUCGGCUCGGGCACCGUAAUCCAUCCGCGCGCAAGACUGUACUCGUUCGAAGGACCAAUACAAAUCGGUGAUGGGUGUAUAAUUGGCGAGAAAACUAUAAUCGGGGAUAAUGAGCCAAACAGUAGUGCAUCAACAGAUGGCAGUGGUGGGAUACUUACGCGGAUAUCAUCUUCGGUGGUUAUAGGGCCUCAGGCCACAAUCCGGACGGGGUCAUACAUCCGUUCUGCGGCUGUGGUCGAUUGUCUAGCCAUAAUAAACCGGAACGUCACCAUCGGCUCACAUAGCAAGAUCUGCUCUUCAUGCGAAAUCGCCGAGGGCACCACGGUUGAGGACUGGGUGGUUAUCUGGGCCGCUGGAUCGGGGAUUGGGCAACGAAAACGGAGACGGUUCGUCGGUCCGGCUGCUGAAGAGCAGGGCCAUUCGCAUCGGCCGAAUGCGAAGAGGAUUGAGGAUGCGAGAUUGUUGGUUUUGCACAAGGAGCGGGAGGGGUUGGCGAAGAUGAUCAGUUUGUCUGCUAGUGGGGGGAGUAAGAGGAGGUAG